AUGUUUGGUCAAGAGCCCGAAGACGAUGCAACAAUUGUUAACGAUGAGGAAGGUAAUUCGACUCGUUACACGGAUCUAAGCUUUACGAAUUCGAUAGAGGAAAAUGUUGAGGAAUUAUCUGCGGUUGGUGAAGCCGAUUUUCAACUUACACUUGUUGGAGCAAUACUUGGCCGACAAAUUAUUAUUUUUAUAUUUUGUCCAAUUGAUGUUGGACAAAACGUGGUGCUGCCGAUUCCAAAUGUCGAUCACCCCAAGAUCGGCCCUCAAAACUUGCUCGGAGUCGUUACAGGGGUUAAUGACGGUUUCUACUCCAUCGGCACACAAGAUGGUCAUCUUCGUCAGAUGUUCACUAGGAAUCAAAUGGCUCCCUGCAACAACAUUUUCAUCUCCAUCGAUUCGAUCCCAGACAAGGAGACAACAGUGAGAACAGCCGUUGGAGCAGCAUCAAUCACAGGAAGUCAAGGUCACAGCCAUUGCAUGUGCUUGAGCGGAUGCACAACGAAUCGGGAAUAUCCAUCAUUGGUUGUCGCAUUAUCAAACGUCGUUUCAUUCGUCGAGACACCAAUGGAGUGGAUUCAC